GACUUCCUCUUCCUGCAUUCUGCAGGUAUGGCGGCGUUUAGCAAACACCUGAGCGCGAGGAACUGCUGUAUAAGCGCUGCCGUGGCGCUCGGGAUUUACCUGUUGAAGCAGAGGAGACAGUAUUCUUUAUCAUACAACAGAAGUAAAAAGGCAGACGAUGUGCACUCCAAUAAUGAAAAGCUGGAGGUACAAAAGGAAAAGGCGGCAGUGGAUAAACUGUUCAUUAGUCGGAUGCACCAAAUCCUGAAGGUUCUGGUUCCACAGAUGUUCUGUAAAGAGUCGGGGUAUCUGCUGCUGAUUGCGUUGAUGUUGGUGUCCAGGACCUACUGUGACGUCUGGAUGAUCCACAAUGGAACCAUGAUCGAGAGUGCAAUCAUUGGACGAUCAACGAAAGCUUUCGAGUUAUAUUUAUUCAGGUUUAUAGCUGCGAUGCCGUUUAUCUCUUUAGUGAAUAAUGUUCUGAAGUUGGGUCUGAAUCAGCUGAAGCUCUGUUUCAGAGUCCGACUCACCACACACCUGUACAACCACUACCUCAGGGGUUUCACCUACUAUAAGAUCAGUAAUCUGGAUAACCGGAUCGGGAACCCGGAUCAGCUGUUAACUCAGGAUGUGGAGAAGUUCUGUAACAGUGUGGUGGAGCUCUACUCCAACAUCAGCAAGCCUCUGCUGGAUAUUCUGAUCUACAUCUGCAAACUGACCUCAGCUAUCGGACCUCUGGGACCGGUGAGUAUGCUGGGUUAUCUGCUGUUGUCUGGUUUGGUUCUGACCCGGUUGAGGCGACCAAUAGGAAAGAUGACGGUAACAGAACAGAAAUACGAAGGAGAAUACAGAUACAUCAACUCCCGCCUCAUUACCAACAGUGAGGAGAUAGCGUUCUAUAAUGGCAGCAGGAGAGAGAAGAAGACCAUCCACGACACUUUCAACAAACUGGUGGAGCACCUGAACCGCUUCAUCUGUUUCCGCUUCUCUAUGGGAAUCAUCGACAGCAUCGUCGCUAAAUACGUUGCGUUGGUGGUUGGGUACCUGGUGGUCAGCAGACCCUUCUUAGACCCCAACAGCACCCGGCACCUGAACAGCACCCACUCCCAGAGACUGGAGGAUUAUUAUCAGAGUGGGCGGAUGUUGCUGAGUUUGGCUCAGGCUCUCGGCAGAAUCGUUCUGGCCGGCAGAGAGAUGACCAGACUCUCCGGGUUCACGAGUCGGAUCACGGAGAUUCAGGAGGUUCUGAAGGAGCUGAACUCGGGCCGGUACCAGCGCACCAUGAUCUCUCAGAUCAGCACAGAGAGUGAUGGGGUGGAGAAGCUGAUCCCCGGCAGUGGAGAGAUCGUUCACGCAGAUAAUAUCAUCAGGUUUGAGCACAUUCCUCUAGCGACCCCUAAUGGAGAUGUUCUGAUUGGAGAUCUGUGCUUCGAGGUGUCGUCGGGGACUAAUGUUCUGGUCUGUGGUCCGAACGGCUGCGGGAAGAGCUCUCUGUUCAGGGUUCUGGGAGAGCUGUGGCCGCUGUUUGGAGGCCGUCUGACUAAACCUGACCGAGGGAAGCUGUUCUACGUCCCACAGAGGCCGUAUAUGACUCUGGGGACUCUGAGGGAUCAGGUGAUUUAUCCUGAUACACCUGAAGAUCAGAGGAGGAGAGGAACAUCUGAUCAGGUGUUGAAGGAGUACCUGGAUAAGGUGCAGUUGGGUCAUAUCCUGCAGAGGGAGGGGGGGUGGGACAGCGUUCAGGACUGGAUGGAUCUCCUGAGCGGAGGAGAGAAGCAGAGGAUGGCGAUGGCUCGUUUGUUCUACCAUAAGCCUCAGUUCGCCAUCCUGGACGAGUGCACCAGCGCCGUCAGCGUCGACGUAGAGGACUACAUCUACACCCACUGCAGGAAGGUGGGGAUCACUCUCUUCACCGUAUCUCACAGGAGUUCUCUCUGGAAGCAUCAUGAGUAUUACCUGCGGAUGGACGGCAGAGGAAACUACGAGUUUAAGCCCAUCACCACGGAAACGGUGAAGUUCGGCUCCUGAGGAACGGGGGCGGGGCUACAAUGGCCGAGGGGGAGGAGCUAUAACUGCAGCAGAGAGAGAGGAGAACCAACCAAUCAGAACCUGGACUGAGACUCCGACCGAGUCAGAGUUCUGAGUCCUGCUGGACCUGAACCAGAUCUCAUUCACACCUGACUCAGAUCUGACUCUUAACCUGCAAUAGACCCGACUUAAAUCUGACUCUGAUCUGAUUCUGAUAUAAACUGGACCUGAAUUGGACCUUAUUCAGACCUAAAUGGAACCUGGCUCUAAUCGGAAUUAGAUCUGACUCUGACCUGACUUGGAUCCGACUCAGACCCAAAUUAGACCUGAAUUGAAUCUGACUCAGAUCUGACUCUGAUAAUAACUUGGAUCUGACUUAAAUCUGACUCUGACUUGAUUCUGAUAUAAACUGGACCUGAAUUGGAUCUUAUUCAGACCCAAAUGGAACCUGGCUCUAAUCUGAAUUAGAUCUGACUCUAAUAUGACUUGGAUCUGACUCAGAUAUGACUGGAAUCUGACUCUAACCUAAUUCUGAUCUGAAUUGGACCUGAAAAGGACUCUAUUCAGACCCAAAUGGAACCUGGCUCUAAUCUGAAUUAGAUCAGACUGACUAGGAUCUGACUCAACUCUUAUAUGAGUUGGAUCUGACUCUAAUAUGACUUGGAUCUGAGUCUAAUAUAACUUGAUCUGACUCUGAUAUGACUUAGACCUGAUUCUGAUGUAAAUAGGACCUGAAAAGGACCCUAUUCAGAUCCAAAUCCAGAUCCAAACCUGGCUCUAAUCUAUAUUAGAUUUGACUCAGAAAACACCUCUGAUCUGACUCAGAUCUGAAUGAGAACUGACUCAGAUCUGACUCUAAGCUGAGUCAGUUGUGUUUAAGCACAGGUAAUAAACAGCACCAGGCUGCAGAUCUAUAUCAGAACCGGUUUAAAGCAUUCAGAUUAUCACUGGGAUUAUUAAGGUUUAUUAAAUCUGGAUUUUGGUGCUGUAGGAAGAUGAUGUAUGUAUAUAAAUAUGUGUGUAUAUAUAUAUAUAUAUAUAUAUAUAUAUAUAUAUAUAUAUAUAUAUGUUAUUGGGUUUAUUUCCUCCGUGCUGGAGGUUCUCCGUCUCUCAGCGAGAGGAACCGGUACUGUAGAAUCAGAACCAGCGCACUGAUGAAGAAACUGCUACUGAAGUUACUGAUCUUUAUGUUAUUUAAGUGGUUUUAUGUGGGGAUGUUCCUGACCUGAUGUGGAGGGAUCAUGAUCUGAGCUGAUCCAGUGUUAUAUAUAUAUGUCUAUAUAUUUUAAUGUACAAAGUCUAGUUUAUAUUCUGCAGUGUGAAACGAACAGUAGAACCUAAUCUAAAAUCUAAUCUAAUCAUAAUCCCAAUAAUGGUUCUAAGGGCGUUUUCACACCUGUAGUUGAUCUGGAUCAGUUCGUGAGUUUGUUCAUUAGGAGCUUCAGUUUCUCCCUCUGUUUGGUUUGUUUUCACACAGGUAUAAACUUAAACUAAACGCACCAAAAUGUGCACCAAUAAACCACACGAGCACAUCGUCUCCUCUGAUUGGUCAGAAAUAUAGUGAGAAGAUUCUGUGUUCCAGUGUGUAUAUCUGUAUAUAUGUGCAGUGUGAAGCUGAUUUAACACAGAACUCUGAAAAUAAGCUGCUGUGCUUUAAAAACACAGUGUUUUAAUGGCUGUGAGCAGUGAACGCAGCACAUACUGCGCUUUCAGUGUGUAAACAGCAGUGGUAAUUAGUGUUUUAUCUGGCUAAUAUAUACGAUUAAUCUGCACCAUAUCAGAAUAUUUGAUAUCUGGUUCGGAUCGAGACCGGAUCACGUUCCCACCACAAGUGAACUGGUUUAGAGUUCUAUUGGGACGGAAUCACCUUCUCUAGCAUGAUUACUGUUUUCAGACCUGCUCAAUCAAACCGCACUAAGAGUACAAACCAACCAGAUUCUGAUGAAACCGGAUUAAACAGUGCUGGUGUGAAAAGGCCCUUAAACACAGUGUUUUUAAAGGGACGUGCAGCACAGAUGUGAGCAGUGAACACAGCACAGACUGUGCUCUCAGUGUGUAAACAGCGUGGAGCAGCAGAGACAGCGCUUGUUCAUAGCGUUAUCUGGAUAAUAUAUCAGAUUAAACUGCACCAUAUCAGCAGUUUAGCUCUAAUAAAAACAGGAGUAUAUUUGAUCAAAUAGUGCUGAAGUGAAAACGCCUUAAAGCAUUGCAGUCUAAACUCUCCAAAACAGCUAAACUGGAGUUAUGGUUUAGGAUUAUAUAUAUAUGGUUCUGGAAUUAAUUGGGAUACUGUCAUUUUAAGGAAACUUUUAAAAAUACAACACUGCAAAUAAUUAAAUCGGUCUAAAACGCUGCUUAUAUAAAUCAGGGGUCGGCAAUAAGUGAAAGCAUGAAACAUCUGAGCCGCGAGUUUGUUUGUUUGUUUGUUUGAACUGUAAUGAACGAUAAUAUAAAAAAAAUAAAAUGCUCCUUCUCUGGAGAGCUUUUGUUUAUAUUCCUCCCCCGUCUCUCUCUCUCUGUCGCUCAGCGUGACUUUAGUUUCUUUAGUUUUCCGCCCGUUCUCGGGUUCCCUAUCUCCUUAUAAGGCCGUUUUUUUUUACGGCCAUGUCCCAAUUCACUAGCCGGGGCAGUGGUAGUGUAUUGGAGCGCGACCCAGACAACACGGCUUCAAUCCCGUAGUGUUUAUUUAUUUAUUUAUUUAUUCCUUUUUUCUUGGGUUUUCCUGCUUUGAGAUCAAUUGUUCUGCAAUUGGGUUCAACAACCCUCUGGGCUGAAGAGCUACUCGUCUGUAGCUCCAUCCCAUUACACUUCAUUUUACAAAACAGAUUUUUUUUUUGUGGCCACAUAAUGGCUUGGAAACUAUCUGACCCGCAGCCAAACUUAACUGCUGAUCCCUGAUAUAAACCGUUACUAAAACACACAGUGAUUUUACUGCAGUUUUAAUAUCGUAAUAUAUCAUCUUGAUUUUUAUCAACUGAUACAUAAUUAUUAUUAUUGUAUCAUAAGAUGUGAUAUCAGGUGAUUCACAGUGCUGCUUAUUAUAUUAGUGUAAAAGUGGAUUAUUUGAUCUAAACGCAGAAAUCGGAUCAGUAUCAGAUCGAGACGUACCUCACUUUAGUUCUGUUUAAAUCUUUAAAUGCUUGAAUUUUAUUGGUGUGUGUGUAAGUCGGGGGAGGGGCAGUGGGAGUACAGGUGUGUGUUUGUGUGUGUUGGGGUGUGUGUGUGUGUGUUGGGGUGUGUGUGUGUGUGUUCUGCUGUUACGUUUAUGUUUUGCUGUGUGUUUGUGUGUCAUGGUUCUGAACAGGAAGUGAUGUCACGUUUGUGGGGGUUAUUCAUCAACAUCUGUCAAUCAAUUUAUUUGCUGAACUGGAUUUUUAUAUCAAGUAAUAAUAAUAUAAAUAAUGUUUUAAUGUAUAAAUAAUAUCAUUCCUGUUUAUCUCUGUGUAUUUUUGUAUGAUGAAGGUAAAUCUGAUUAUUUUCUGAAUCAUCAAUAAUUAUUGAUUAAUACUGUAAUUAACAGCGAUCAGAAUGUGUUUAAUUAUGAUUAUCUGUUUCUGCAAACUGAGAUAAAGAACAGAAAUAAUACAUUAUUUGUAUUAUUGUUUAAUGCA